CGUAUCUGCCAUACAGUCAAGGUACCUCUUUUUCCCUCCAACACACCCAUCCUUAUCCAACGAUAUGGCAAACCCAACUGGCGAUAUUGGACUCAUUGGUCUCGCCGUCAUGGGCCAAAACUUGAUUCUUAACAUGAAUGACAAGGGUUUCAAUGUAAUCGCAUACAAUCGUACAACAAGUAAGGUAGACGACUUUCUUGCCAACGAGGCGAAAGGGACCAAAGUUCAAGGCGCGCACUCUAUAGAAGAGCUUGUAUCCAAACUCAGAAAGCCCCGAAAGAUUAUUCUACUCGUCAAGGCCGGGCCUGCCGUGGACAGUUUUAUGCAUCAACUGCAGCCAUACCUUGAACAUGGUGAUAUAAUCAUUGACGGGGGUAACUCCUACUACCCCGACUCCAUCCGUAGAACUAAGGAAUUGGAAAGCAAAGGAUUACUUUUCGUGGGUUCUGGUGUUUCUGGUGGUGAAGAGGGCGCCCGCCAUGGACCUUCUCUGAUGCCCGGAGGCUCUCCUGCUGCCUGGCCUGCUAUCAAAGAAAUUUUCCAAUCAACAGCUGCGCAAGUCAAUGGCGAACCUUGUUGUGAUUGGGUCGGCGAGACCGGAGCAGGCCAUUACGUGAAAAUGGUUCAUAACGGGAUCGAAUACGGUGACAUGCAGCUUAUUGCUGAAGCUUACGAUAUUCUUAAACGUGGCCUCGGUCUUCGUGCAGAGGAAAUUGCAGACAUCUUCUUGCAGUGGAACAAUGGGGUUCUCGAUUCCUUCCUGAUCGAUAUCACUGCCAAUAUACUCAAAUUUAAAGACGAUGAUGGAGAGCCACUUGUUGACAAGAUACUUGACCAGGCAGGCCAGAAAGGUACAGGAAAGUGGACAGCCAUAGCCGCUCUUGAUGCGGGCACCGCAGUCACCUUGAUCGGCGAAGCAGUAUUUGCCCGAUGCUUGUCAGCUAUCAAGGAGGAGCGCACCCGUGCAUCCAGGGUGAUCGCUGGUCCUCAAAAAGAGCCAUUCCGAGGCGACAAGAAACAGUUUAUUGAUGAUCUUGAACAAGCUCUAUAUGCGUCUAAGAUCAUUUCCUACGCUCAGGGAUUUAUGUUGAUGAGAGAGACAGCCAAGGAGCUUAAAUGGACCCUAAAUUAUGCUGGUAUUGCUCGCAUGUGGCGUGGUGGAUGUAUCAUCAAGAGUGUCUUCCUGGGUGACAUCACGGCGGCUUAUCAAAAAACACCUAAUUUGGAGUCGCUGCUUUUCGAUGAUUUCUUCAACAAAGCUGUUCACAAGGCCCAGUCUGGUUGGAGGCGAGUUAUUGCUCAAGCGGUGCUUUGGGGUAUCCCAACUCCCGCAUUCAGCACAGCCUUGGCAUUCUUUGAUGGUUAUAGGAGUGAAAUAGUUCCUGCCAAUCUCAUCCAGGCCCAGCGUGAUUACUUCGGUGCACAUACUUUCCGAGUACUUCCGGAGAAGGAGACUGCGAAACUGAAGAAAGAUCAAGAUAUCCGACUGGUCGCGGAGGCAAUGUUUCCGCUAGCACAUACAUUGCUUGAACUAAACUGCCGGCGGGGUUCAGGUGUUGUGUAGU